AAGAUGCGCAUGCCCAGAUUACUUCGGUAAUACUCUGUCGGCAUGAUAUAAUAUUUCUAUUUCAUCGAUUCUGUAGUUCGGAUAUAACGGUUUGUUGCCAUGACAUCACUGUAUGCAAAGAGAAUGGCUCGCCUUAGUGCGAGGAUAUUUGGUGAAGUGGUGAGAACAACCAACGAACGGUCCAUGAGAGUUGUCAAGUUAUUUAGUGAGAAGCCACUGGAUAAGAGACCUGAAAUCGUCAAUUACUAUCCUCCACAUCCACAGACACAUUCACUUAUGAAAAGACUAAGGCAUAUUGGAUUAUACAGAGAUGAACAUGAAGAUUUUGUGGAUGAAAUGAAGAGAGUGAGAAAACUAAGAGGAAAAGGAAAGCCCAAAAAGGGGGAAGGAAAAAGAGCACUGAAAGCAAAAUAGAUGCAUAAAGAGAAGUGACUUUUAUAUUGAACAGUCUCUGUUAUAUGUGGAUCUUGAUAUGGGCCAAGAAUGAAUAUGUCUGUCUGUCUGUUCAAUCCAUCCAUCAAUGUCUGUGUCAUUUCAACAUAAUAAAACACAUUACUAGUGAAAUAAACAUGGUAUAUUGCAUUUCGGUUAUAAGUACCUGUUCAGACGAAGUCUGAAAACGGGGACUAUUAAUUUGGGUUCCGUCUGUGUGUCCGCCCUGAGCCAUUUCUCGGAUACACUUUGGCCGUUCCGGUUCAAACUUUGCAUACAGACAAUGUAUGAUGAUCCACAUAAUGCACGCCAAUUUUUCCUAUGAUUUGAUCAAAUAUGUCUGAUUGGCAGCCAUUUUGUCCCUAAAUUUGCUAAAUUCUGAUAUUUAAACGUGUCCGGAACUGUUUCGCAGAGCUGAACAGAGUGAUUUCAAUCAAACUUUGUAUGGUGAUCAUGCAUAUUGGGUUAUAAGUGCACGUCACUUUUUUUUGAGAUUCAGUCCAAGAUGGCCGACUGGCGGCCAUUUAGUUUUUUCCCUGUUUUUGUGCUGAUUCCUCCAUAAGAUAUGGCCUGAUUCAGUUCAAAGUUUAUACAUAGGUACUAUACUUCAAGAUAACACAACACCAUGUUUUGUUUUUAGAUUUGAUCAAAUUUGUUGAAAUGGCGGUCAUUUUGUUUAAUAUCUUAAAAUCACAGUCUGUAACGUGUCCAGAACUGUUUCUCAGGGCUUGAUAGGGCAAUUUCAAUCAAACUUUGUGUGGUGAUCAUGUAUAUUGGGUUACUCGUGCACAUCAUAUUUUUUUCAAAAUUUGGACUGACUCACGGCCAUUUUGUUUUUUCUUUUUUGUGUAUAUUACUCUGAAAGAUAUGGCUUGAUUCAGUUCAAUGUUUGACCAUUUUGCCGAAAAAACAUAAAAUCACAUUCUGUAACAUGUCCAGAACUAUUUCUUGGAUGUGCCGUCUAAGUGACGCAAUUUCUUGUGCUCUCUCCCUGGCACACCAAUGAUACAACAGAAAAUUAUUUAAAGACAUCAUACUAUACAUAUGGAUUUAGGUUAUUCAGCAUUCAGGCACAUACAUACAAUCUUUAUUCGCUUUUGAACAUGCUACUCCCCAGUGUUCACCAAGGUGACCAAGCUUAAUAUUUUGAAUUUUAUUGUCAUUCAAGUUCAGUCCUGUACACUUGCAGGUAGCUUCAGUUCAAAUUCCAUGUGUAAUGUAAGAUAAUAAAGAUACAAUAAUUGUCAAUCCAUAAUAAACGAAAACAUCUGCUAUUGUUUGAAGAGUGGACAUUUAUUUUGUUUGUGUAUUAUUUACAAAACAGGUAAACUGUCUAUUGGUGUUUAAUUGUAAGAUUAAACUGUAUUUAUGUCACAA